CAUGGCGGCAUGGCAACACUGUGUAGUGUGUUUAAUGACUAUCGAUAUAAAAACAAAGAUUAAUUAACAUUUGCUGUACCUAAAUAAGGUGUUUGAAUAAUGAGUUAUUCCGACAAACAAGAAGUACCUACUAAAGAAGAAUGGCUAAAGAAAUUGGACAUUAAAGAUAUUAGUCGGACCUGCAUGAAUAAAUUAAUCAUGAACUACUUAGUGACAGAAGGAUUCAAAGAGGCAGCCGAAAAAUUUCAGUUAGAAUCUGGCGUAAAUCCAUCAAUAGACCUAAACUCCCUUGAUAAUCGAAUACAAAUACGUGAUGCGAUAAUGAAUGGCCGCAUACAAGAAGCUACAGCACUUAUUAAUCAAUUACAUCCAGAACUACUUGAUAACGAUCGUUACUUAUAUUUUCAUCUGCAGCAAUUACAUCUCAUCGAAUUAAUCCGCAAUAACCAAGUAGAAGAAGCGUUAGCAUUUGCUCAGUCGCACCUGAGUGAGGCAGGUGAAGACAACUCUUCUGUGUUAACAGAGCUGGAACGGACAAUUGCUUUGCUAGCGUUUGAAGAUCCAUUACUUAGUCCCUUUCACGAUUUGUUGCAACCUGCACACCGGCAAAAAGUUGCCAGCGAAGUUAAUGCUGCGAUUUUAAAAAUGGAGCAUCAAGAAUCGACUUUACCGAAGUUAUCAACAUUGCUGAAACUUAUAUUGUGGGCACAGGAAAAGUUAGAUCGUAAAAGCACAAAGUAUCCUAAAAUGACUAAUUUGGCAUCGGCGUCUAUUGAAGAUCACAAAUAACAUAAACUGAAGAAUUGCAGUAAAUGCUCUUAUUUUUAGUUUACGACUUACACUCGUGGAUUGGGUACUAUUUAUAUAGAAAGGCUUUCGAAUUUAGUUGAUAUAAAAUGUUUAAUGUUCGUGUAAAUUAAUUAUAUAUAUAUAUAAAUCA